AAAAACCCAUUGCACGAGGGUGCACUAUGAUCCCACAAACGGCAGAUAAAAAACCUUACUCGCACCGAACAGCAGAUAAAUAGAUAAAUUCGGUGCAAAAUUACUGCAGCCGAUAGAUAAACUUGCACCACUGUCAGGUCCGGCCGCUGUCUUCCCCCUACAGGGCAUCGCGCACGUUUUGCAGAAUGCCAAGCAGCGUGUGCGACUUUUUUCGUACUCUACACUCUGUGGUGCAAGUUCAUCUAGCGGCUACAGUAUCUUUCUAGGUUUACCAUAACGCUGUACGUUAUACACUUCCCUAAAGUUAAUUACUAAAAACUAUUUACACGAGGUUGCACUAUCGAAAACGAUUUAUCUGGUGAACUAAUUAUCAUCACCACCAUACCAGUAGGAGGCGUAUAACCGCAGGCGCAGGAGACUGACCUUGCCGACACCAGUUAUGCGGUUGCUGUGUAAAUCCUAACAACUGUCCUACUGCUUCUUUGUAAUUCCUUCGGGUUUUCUAAGAGUGCACGCAUCGACCGAUAAUAAUUUCUAUUAUUCAAGCUGAUUUUUUUGCUUUUCUUUGUGGAGUUAUCAGUAAUUCCAGACGAUGGCACUAUUCUGGAUAGCGGCAUUUGUGGCCGGACUCGUUGCGUACAUUGCAUACGACACCUACCGCAAAAGUCGCUACUGGUCUCAAAAAGGAAUUCCGUCACUGAAACCUGCUCCACUAUUUGGAAGCCUUCUGACUAAAAUACGGACGGGACAAAGGGAAUUCGAUCUGAAAUGGACAGAAAAGCUGGGACCGAUUUUCGGAUAUUUCGAGGGACCCUCUCCGUACAUUGUCACAUCCGACCUCGAGAUGCUCAGACACAUCAUGGUGAAAGAUUUCUCUCACUUUGCUAACCGGCGAGAUUUUGGUGUGAAAGGACCCAUUAUGGAGCUGAACGUUGCUGCAUUAAAGGAUCAACACUGGAAGGAUGUGCGAAGUGUUCUACUACCGGCUUUUACGUCCGGCAAAUUGAAACAGAUGAACAAUUUAUUCAAGGAAUGCUGCGAUGAUCUUUUGGGAAGACUCGAUCAACUCGCUAUCGGUGAUGAAGAAUUUUCGGCAAAAGACUUAUACGGGCGGUUGGCCUUAGAUGUAAUCGCCACGACCUUCUUCGCCACUAAGGUCAAUUCCCAGAAAGAUCCAAAUAGCAAUUUUGCCAAGAAUGCCAAGAAGGUCUUCGAGUUUUCUUUCGUCGCUCUGCCGGCUUUUCUUUCCAUGAUCUUCCCAAAAGUGAAGUUGGUGAUGAAGUUUUUUGGGAUGCAGACAUUUAAUAAAGUUGCUAUGGAGUUCUUCGUCACUCACACGGCGCAGAUAAUUCAAAUGCGCAAGGAAACGAAGCAGAACCGGCGAGACUUUCUUCAACUGAUGCUGAACUCCAUGAAAUCAGAUAACAUCAUGACCGACACUAAGCCGACCCAAACCUUGACAAGGGUGCAUAGUGAAGCCGAGCCGGAUGUGGCGUCAGCUGCUAUGAUUUUAAGUGGGACCCGAGACAAACCUAUCUCCCAAUCCAACUAUAAACUUUCUCUGGAAGAACUCGUGGCGCAAUCCGUCAUCUGCUUCCUGGCCGGGUACGACACCACGGCUUCGACGCUGACCUUUAUGACCUACUGCUUAGCCACCCAUCCCGAUAUCCAGGAGCGUUUACGGAAAGAGAUUCGGACGGUCUUAGCCGACAAGGAUGUGAUCGAGUAUGAUGAUCUGGCAGAGAUGACGUAUCUGGAUCAGUGUGUUAAUGAGACGCUGCGACUGUAUCCGCCCCUUUCCCGAAUUGAGCGCGAGUGCGGUGUAGAAUGGACGUACGAAGGCGUCACGUAUGAGAAAGGGACACUUGUGGCGAUACCCAUGUUUACCAUUCAUCGGAAUCCGGAAUAUUGGCCGGAACCCGAAAUGUACAAUCCCGAUAGAUUUUCGAAGGAAGAAAGAGCUAACAUUAAGCCCUACACUUUUCUGACUUUUGGUCAAGGUCCACGCAAUUGUAUCGGGAUGCGGUUUGCUUUAUACGAAAUCAAAAUGGUGAUGGCUAGUAUUUUAAAGAAAUACCGAUUUGUCCAGAGCCCAAAAACGCAGGUGCCGCUGGUGUUGAAAGAUGAGUCGGUUGGAUUAGUGACUCCGGAAAAGGGCAUUUGGAUCGCUAAAAUCAACAAACUUCCUACCGCGUGUGUUGGAUCGGCAUUUCCUAGCAUCGAUCGCGCCGCCACUGCUGUGCUGGGGUUAAUUGCCUAUCUGAUCUACGAUGCAUUUCGCAAGAGAUCGUACUGGCCGGAUAAAGGUAUCCCGACACUGCCUGGAUUACCGGUUGUGGGCAAUGUUUUUCAGCAGGGUUUCUUUGCUACUAAGCCCGGCGAGGAAACCUUCGACUUGGCAAUGACGAAGAAACUCGGCAAAAUUUUCGGAUAUUUUGAUGGACCAACUCCGGUUGUCAUGAUCAGUGAGUUGGAGAUGCUAAAGAAUAUCAUGGUCAAAGAUUUUGGGCAUUUCGUCAAUCGUCGGGAAUUCGGCAUCAGCGGUCCCGUAAUGGAACUAAAUGUCCUGGAUCUUCGCGACCAGAAAUGGAAGGAUGUUCGAAGCGUCCUUGUGCCGUCAUUUUCGUCAGGAAAAAUUAAACAAAUGAACAGCUUGGUUAAAGAGUGCUGCGAUGUUCUACUGACAAAAAUGGGCGAAUAUGCGCAAAGUGGCGAAGACUGUCCGGUGAAAGAGCUCUAUGGUCGCCUGACCAUGGACGUCAUCGCCACCACAUUUUUCGGCACCAAGGUCAACUCCCAAAACGAUCCGAACGACGGUUUUGUCCAGCACGCCAAAAGCGUUUUCAAAGUAUCACAGUUUGAACCUGCAAUUAUGAUUCUCACUGUGUUCCCUAAACUAAGAUUUCUCUUCCAAGCUUUCAAAUAUCAAACGUUCCCGAAAGACGAUAUCGACUUCUUCGUCAAAAACACCGAAGAGAUUGUCAAACUGCGGAUAGGAUCAAAACAGGUGCGAAAGGAUUUUCUACAGCUGAUGCUGAAUUCUUUGAGGUCAAUGAAAGACACCCAGUCCGGCAAGGAAACCCAAACGGUCGUGCGGAAUGACGGCGCGCAGGAAGCGGAUGUAGCGUCGUCCGGACUGACACUGGGCGAGAAACCGCUAACCAGUUCUAAUUAUAAACUAACUAACGAGGAACUCGUGGCGCAAGCCAUCAUUUUUUUCCUGGCGGGAUACGAAACCACAGCCACAACGCUGACGUAUUUGACCUACUGUUUAACCAUCCAUCAGGACGUGCAGGAGAAGCUGCGCAAAGAGAUCUUCGCUGUUCUAGGAGAAAAAGAUAACGUGGAAUAUGACGACUUAGCGGAGCUGCAUUACCUCGAUCAGUGCAUCAACGAGACACUGCGCUUAUACCCGCCCAUUACCCGCACGGAGCGUGUUUGCAACCAAGACUGGGAGUACAACGGCGUUAAGUACGAAAAAGGGACGAUAGUGGCUAUUCCCAUCCUGGCGAUUACUCGCGAUCCUGACUACUGGCCUAAUCCCGAGCAAUACGAUCCUGAUCGCUUUUCCCCGGAAAACAAACAGAACGUGGCUCCGUACUCGUUUAUGCCGUUUGGGCAAGGCCCUCGCAACUGUAUCGGCAUGCGAUUCGCCUAUUAUGAAAUCAAAGUGGUGAUGGCGCAUCUGCUGCGAAAAUACCGCUUCGUUAAAUGUGAUCGAACACAGAUACCCUUGGUAGUGAAAGAUGAAGCUGGAAUACUGGGCACGGAAAAAGGCGUUUGGUCGAGAAUCGAAAAACUCUAAAAGCGGAUUUUUAGAUUGUCGUUUUAUGCUUUUCUUUUAAUUUCCUUCGUGGCUGCCAAUGUGAUCAUUAUUUCAACUGUCCCUGAUCUUAAUUAAUUUAAUAUGACAGAUCGCUGAAAACGAGUAUGAUUAUAAAUUAAACCGAGUAUGAUUAUAUAAUCAAUCAAAAACUGCGGCCUGGAUCAGAUGUCUGUCUCCUUUUUCAGGCGUGAUAAAAAGAUGUUUUCG